AUGUCUUCUCAGCGUCCCCAUGAUAACUGGCGGGAACCGAGGCGCAGUCCGGGGCACAAGAUGGCACGACGAGCAGGGGGCGAAGCUUCCCCUAAAAAGAACACAUCCCUCAACCUGGUGACCGGGUUCUACCACUACCUCCGCGAUGAGCAGGAGGCCGUGCAGAAGAGGACGUUCACGAAAUGGAUCAAUUCCCACUUGGCGAAGCGUGUCCCUCCUCUGGUGGUGAUAGACCUGUUUGAGGACAUCAAGGAUGGCGUGAAGCUGCUGGCUCUGCUGGAAGUCCUCUCCGGAAACAAGCUGCCAUGUGAGCAGGGUAAGAAAAUAAAGAGGAUCCACUGGGUCGCCAACAUCGGCACGGCUCUCAACUUCCUUGAGGGUAGGAAGUCGGCCUACAGAGGAUCUCCGAUCAAGCUGGUCAACAUCAACUCCACAGACAUUGUUGACGGAAGACCAUCGAUUGUACUGGGGCUGGUGUGGACCAUCAUCCUCUAUUUCCAGAUAGAGGAGUUAACCAGUAGCCUCGCAGCUCUCCAGGCCAGCAGCACCUCCUCACUGGACAGCUCCACCAGCAGCAACGACACAUCCAGCCCGCCUGUCAAAAGGAGACCCCCCCCACCUCAGGGUGGAGCCAGGAAGGCCUUGCUGAGAUGGGUCCAGCAGACAGCCACCAAACGCCUGGGCCUGGAGGUGAAGGACUUUGGCCCCAGCUGGCGCACAGGUUUGGCAUUCUUCGCGGUCAUCAACUCCCUCCGGCCCAAUCUCGUGGACAUGGAGCGAGUAUCGAGGAGGCCCAACUGUGAGAAUCUGCAGGAAGCCUUUUUAUUGGCCGAGACGGAGUUGGGCAUUCCACAGCUUCUGGACCCAGAAGACGUUGAUGUGGACAAGCCUGAUGAGAAGUCCAUUAUGACAUACGUAGCCCAGUUCCUGAAGCAUCCUCCUGACCAGAAGCAGAGCGAUUCACACAGCCUGCCUGAUGAAGAGCGAGAGCAGCGGAAGAGCCUGAGGGAGCUCAAAAUGUGGCUCGACCAGCUGGAGAGACACGCAACACAGACUCAGGAGACCGAGGGCAAUCUCGCUCAACAGUACCAGCUGUUCAAGAGUCUACGUGUCCAGUUGGAGAUGAGGAGGAAGCUGGUGGACGGAGCUUUACAGUCCACUCAGAGAGACGGGAUUCUGACUGUGGAUCAGGCUCUGGUCAAACAAGCCUGGGAAAGGGUCUCCAACAGGCUCCUAGACUGGCAUCUGCAGCUGGACAGGUCUCUCCCUGCUCCUCUGGACACGGUCGGGGCCUGGCUGCACGAGGCUGAAGGAGCCCUGCGGCAGGAGAUCGUCGUCCAGCAAGCGCAUGACGUGAUGGCUAAGACCGUCCACAGAGCUCUGGAGCAGCACAAGGAUGUGUUGAAGAGUCUCAAGAGUCACCAGCAGGUCUUCCAGAGGAUUCAUAAGGACAGAAGUGUUGAUGGAGUCCCUGUUCCCCCGGACCAACUCCAGGACAUGGCAGAGAGGAUAAACUUUGUCUCCACAUCCUCUAGCGUCCACUUGGCUAAGAUGGAAUUCCUGGAGAACAAACACAACAUGCAGGCCUUCCUCUCUCUGGCCGAGACCAAGCUCAAAUCGUGGAUCAUCAAAUAUGGGCGACAGGAGUCUGUGGAACUGAUGCUCGACAACUAUGUCUCAUUUGUGGAGAAGCAACAUUUCUUUGAAAAUUACGAGGGGUUCUUCCAGUCCCUGAAACAGUCUGCAGAGGCCUACGUCAAAGCUGACAGCUCAGUGGAGGAGGGCGAGACGGGGGUGCGCAGGUUCAUGCGGGAGGUGGUGACCCAGUGGAGGAGUCUGUCCAUGGAGCUGCGCAGCGUGAGGAGCAUGCUGGAGGAGGUGCUGUCCAACUGGGAGAGGUACAGCUCCACGGUGGCCUCCUUACAGGCCUGGCUGGAGGACGCGGAGGAGGCCCUGAGCCAGCCGGAAAACAUUAAAAGGGAGUUUUUCAGGAAUCUCAGCCACUGGAUGGAUCAGCAUUCAACCAUGAACGAUUCCGGGAACUUCCUCAUUGAAACGUGUGAUGAGACCGUGUCGCUCGAUCUCAAGCAGCAGCUGCUUCUGUUGAAUGGACGGUGGAGAGACCUCUUCCUCAAAGUCAAGCAGUAUGCGAGAGAGGAUGAGUUGGAGAAGUGGAGGAAAGACCACCUGAAGGCUGCGUUGGCCCUGAAAGUGCUGCUGGACUCAGCAGACGUCAAACUCAAUGCCCCCGUUCAAGUGUCUUUCCUCAAUGUCAGAGGCUUCCUACAGGACGUGGAGAAUACCAAGCAAAAGGUUGUUGCCAUGGAGACACAUUACAAGUUGGCAGCCCGCAGUGCUCAGCUCCUCGCCAAGGAUGCACCACAGGACGAGGCUGCCAGGGUCAAUGCCACGAUGACAACAGCCAAAAGUCAGCUGAGCAAGGUGCGAGAGCGAUGCCCCGCCCUAGUGAGGGAGUGUCAUGUCCUUCUGCCACUGCUGGAGGAGAUGGAGAAACACAUCACUGCUUUCUACCAAGCCCUGGAGCGAGCCAGUCGCAUCACUGCUGCUGCAAGAGACCCAGACUCACAGGCGCAGGCCCAGCACAAACAAAAGUGGCAGGAUUUAUUGAACCAACAGCAAAACUGUAAAAGGUGUCAAUCUGUGAUCGAGAGGAAUCACCACACCCUGCACAGGACGCUCUCCAACAGUAAGGUGCUCCGGAACUUCGACCUGUCACUGCUGCAGAAGAGAGUGGCAGAAAUACAGAGCUCAGCACAGGCUUUGUUGAAGGAGGUCGGGGACUGGAGACGGCAGGAAGAGGCCAACAACUGCCUGAGGAGAAGGUUUGAGGAAUCCCAACAAGAGCUGGAGAAAGUGCUGAAGAGAGCUCAGGGCUGCUUGAGGGAGACCGGAGAUGCUGAGGAGCUACUGAAGAAACAUACUGAUUUUUUCGGACACCUGGAUCAGCGCAUGCUGAGCGUGUUCCUGAAGGCGUGUGACGAGCUGACUGACAUCCUGCCACAGGAGGAACAGCAGGGGCUGCAAGAAACUGUCCGCCGGCUGCACAAGCACUGGAAGGACAUCCAGGGCGAAGUGCCAUCUCACCUGCUGCGCCUGAAGGUGGAGGUGGAGCACAGUCGACUGGCUGUGCUCCUCCAGGACUGCAGAGCAGAGCUGGACAGAGAAGUGCAAGCCCUGUCUGGCACAUGCACCAGCGAGCGGGUGAUCAGGGAACACAGAACUUUCUUCAGGGAACGCAAACCUCUGACUCUGUGCGAGAAGAGGAUUAGGAACAUGGAGGAUCUGUGUCACAAGUUGCCUGACAACGACCUGGCUUAUCGAACGCUAGACUCCGCUAGACAGGCUGUCGAAAAGGUCGCGGGGCAAAUUAAAAACACCCACCUGAAACUGGAGCAGCACCCUGACAAAUGGAAAGAGUGGAACGAGAGGUUCUGUGAACUCUCUGAUUGGCUCUCAUCUCAGAGGAGGCAGGUGAGGCUCUUGAGAGAGAUGGCGAGGGAUUCCAGCAAUCAGGAGGAAGUGGAUGUGGCUGUUCAGACUUUGCAGGAAGCAGUAAAUGCCAGAGAGGAGACCCUAUUGUGGCUGAAAGGCCUCCUCGCUGGGCUGUCUGAGGUCAGCUCGGACAUGGAGGUGCAGAGACAAAGAACGGCCCUGGCUAAACUCUCCACUGACCUGCGGGCGCUCUUUUCUUCACUCCGUCAGUCCCAGUGGGAUGAGGAGGGAUCUGCCAUGUUUGAGUACGAGGAGCUGAGGGAGGAGGUGCGCGGGGCUCUGGAGGAGGUUCUGAGAGCACGGAGGGAGGCGGAGGAGCAGACCGGCAGGAUCCUGGAUGCUGAGGAUCUGGAGGAGGCAAAACAACUUUACCAUAUUCACCAGCAACAGCUGAGGCGCCUGCAGGCAAACAGGACAGAGGCAGAACUCCUGGUGUCCCACUGCCGCCAGCUGCAGAAAGGGGAGGCCCUCACUCCUUCUCUACGGGAGCUGGAGGGAGCCUUCGGAGAGGUGGACCGCAAAGCGGGAGCAAAGGAGCACAACCUGCAGGCCACACUCAGCUCCUGGCAGCAUUUCGAAGCAGAGAGAGAAGUUAUUGGCAGGUUUAUCACCAAUACCAGCAAUGAGCUGCACAGGGAACUGGUUUUCAACAGCUUGGACAGCCUGAGAACUGAACUGGAACGCAAUAAGGAGCUCUUCACGCCGGUUGAGGAAUGUUGCAUGAGAGCAGAUCUCCUCUCAGAGACGGCAGCAGACAUUGAGCUUGGUCCAAAGAACCAGACUCUUCUCCAGCAGGCCCAGUCCACCAGAGAAGCAGUUGCACAAGUUCAAGACCACCUCAACAAGAAUGUUGUCCAGCUGGAGAUGAUGUGUGUGUGGUGGGAACGCUUCAGCAGCCAAUCAGAGACUCUUUCCUCCUGGAUCAAUGAGAAGGAGAAGGAGCUGGAGGUCAUCAGUACCACAUCCUCCUUGGAUCCUUUGGAUAAAAACAUCAGUGCAGUGGAGGAGGUGGGGAAGGGUUUAGAGGAGAGGAGGGCAGCCCUGGCCCACAUGGAGGCCGACUGUGAAGCCCUGUCGCGCUUCGUGACCCCUGGAGAGGCUGGAUGUAUCCGGGCACGACUCACCCAAAUGAGGCGCUACUGGGAAGAGCUGAAGGGGAGAGUGGAGCAGCUGGGAGGACAGCUCAACCAGAGCGCCUCCUACAGGCAGCGAUACAAUGAUAACUUGGAACAGGUCAAGAAAACAAUGAGCGAUAUCGAAGAGAAGCUUGACCAUCCGAUGACGUACUGUUCAUCGUCAUCUGAGACCUACAAAAUCCUCCAGAGUCACACGGAGGUCUGCCAGGCCAUUGAGCAGCUGAAGCCCCGGCUGAUGGGUCUUUGUUCGGCCAUGAAGAGGCUCGGAGAGGGCAGCCAGCUGGAGGAAGAGGUGGCUAACCUCCAGAAGCAACGAGGACAGUUUCUGGAGAAGGCGGACGAAAAGCAAGCUUUCCUAGAGAGCCUUCUAGCACUGUGGCAAAGAUUUGAGAAGGAGAACUCGUCCAUGAAAAGCUGGCUGGACAGGUGUGAGUCUGUUUGUUGUCCUGACACAGACCUGCUCUCCGCAGACAAGGUCAAGAUCAGGAAUGAACUACAGAUUGUACAGGAAAUGCAAGCAGAGACCCAGUCCUAUGAGGUUCUCCUCCAGGGUCUUGUGAAUCUUGGACUGUGUCUGUAUCCCACGGCCCCUGAAGCUCGUGUCCAGGAGCUCAGUGAUGUUCUCGCACGGCUACAGGAGAGAUCCACCUCGGUGAAAGACAGCGUAUCACACAGGUUUGAGUUGCUGGAGUCUCAGUUGUCACAGCUCGAGUUGUUCGAUCAGGCGUUGCUGACUUUGAAUCAAAGGAGUGAGAACUUCCUGUCUGCGCUGAGAAGCUCUUCACAGGUUGAUAUCGCUGAUCUCGAGGCAGCAAUUAAAACGCUGAAGGAGCAGGAGGUGCAGCUACAGGCGUAUGCAUCGCUGAGAGAGACGCUCCAUCAAAGAGAGUCAUCCCUGCUUCGCUCCUCCACCCCAGGAGCCCAACAGCAGCUCCAGGGCUGGAAGGAGGACAGUUUACAGCCCCUCAAAGAAUCCCAGCGUCUCCUGCUCCUCCGUAAAGAGUGGCUGACUGAGCUGAAGACUUUCCUCGAUAAGCAUGGCACGGCGGCGGAGGUUGUGCACCGCCUCCAUGAGGCCGUGGAGGGCAGGGGCAGCUGGGACCGCUCCAAGGCUGAGGAGCUGCAUCACGGAAUAGGGGAGGUGGCAAAAGACGUGGCCCGGCUUGAGGCUGAGGCUGUCAGGUUGGAUGGGCAGCUGAGCAAGGCACACCUCCACCUGAGCGGGGCAGAGUGGGGGGGAUCCGGAGACACAGGCCGUCCUCAGGGAAGGACGUCCUGCAGGGGACAGGCGGUGGCCCUCACAAUGGCUCUGGAGGAAGUGCAGAGGGGUGUGGGGUGGAGACAGAGUGAAGCAGACGCGUUAGGGGCCCUGUGGAGCUCCUUCAGGGAGAGGAGGGAAGAGGUGAUGAAGAAUUUGAAGAAACUGGAGGAUGAAGUGAGGCAGGAGGGGCCCAGAGAGAGCUCUGUGCAGGCCUUUCAAAACAGGCUGCGUUUCUUCGUCCAGCUGGAGGACGAGCUCCAGUCCCUGCAGCACUCCCAGCAGUGGUUAGAGGAGAAGGGAAGCCAGCUGGCCCAGAGAGACACUGAGCUGGCUGGGGAGGCUCUCAGGGAGGUAGCCCUGGUAAAGACGGCCUGGGAGAACGUCUGGACUCUGAUCACCAACGGUCAGGAGCAGAGUGGAGUUGUGGUGGAUCUUCUCCGUCAGUUCCACCAGCUGAAGUCCAUCCUCAGCACUGUUGUGGAGAACGCUCAGAGUGUUGCUCACAAUCUGCCCGACCACAACCACAACGCUCAGGAGGCCAAAUGGACUUUGACACGGCACGAGGCAGUCCAAGCUGAGCUCAGAGAGAAGCAGGAGGACAUGGACCAGCUCAUCAGUUCAGCUGAAGACCUGCAGAGAGAGCUGGAGAAGGCCCCGACCUCUGACCCGUGCUGCAUUCAGAGAGACAUGGAGACGUUACGAGACCAGUGGCUGGAGGUCUCGGAGAGAAUACAAACCAACGCUGAGAGACUGGGCUACUGCGUGGCCCUGUGGGACGACCUCAAGGCCAUGGAGCAGGACAUCAGCCGGUGGACGUCCACCUCCGUCCCUGAGCUCGCAGACAGCGUCACAAACCUCAGUGACAAGGAGGAGACGGAGGCCCAGCUCAACACCUUUCAGGCUGAGGUUGAGAAGAGGGAGCACAAGCUUGAUGCCCUGCAGGAAAGAGUGACAGCGCUGAAGGAUCGAGCCAAACUGCAGGAAACCCCGCUACAAAUUCAGGUCCUGGAGUCAGACCUGCGGAAAAAGAUGGCCCAUGCUCAGGAGGCGUACAACCAGGCCAAACACACUCUGACCUACUUCACUUUCCAAAAGCAGCGACUUGAGGACCUCAUGUCCCAGAUGGCCGAGCGGCUGGAGGCGGUUGAGGGCUCCUUAACUGACCUCACUGAAGCGACCUCCCCUGAAGACAUUGGUAGAGUCAAGGACCUGCAGAGCACUGUGCAGCAGCAGAGGGCAGACAUGGACUCGGCUAGAGAUGCCCUGACUGCCCUGUGCAGGUCGCAUCCCUCCCAGGAGCUGUCCCUCCUCUCCUCUGACCUCACCUCCAUCGCCAAGCGAACGGAGGCCGUGGCUCAGCGCUGUGCCAGGACCAGGGGCAACCUGCAAGACGAGCUGCAGCUUCACUUCAACGAGCUGGUCCAGGGAUUCCACUCCUGGCUGGCAGAUCUAAAGUUGGAGCUGAAAGAAUGUUCAAACCAAUCAGGAGAUGUUGCCGUCCUCGGAUCCAAGCUGCACAGGAUCAAGGUGUCCAUCGAGCAGACGACAGAACACGAGGAGCGUCUCCUUCAGGUUUGUGAGGAGGCCGAGAGGCUGCAACUCCACCUGCCCAAAGCCGGAGCGGCUCAGGUCCAAGAGCAUCUCUCCUCCUGCAAGAGGGAGUGGAGGAACUACCUGAGCAGCUGUUCUCAGAGCCGACGAGACUUGGAGGAGACUAUCGAUCUUCUGAAAAACUUUGAUAAUUGUGUGGAGGGUAUAAGAGACUGGCUGAAGCAGAUGGUGCUCAGCCUCAAGAGAGAGCCUGUUUUUGGGGAGGAGAGCCAGCACGGAGCCCCUGACACCACUGAAGAGCUGGAGAGGAUGGAAAACCUCCAUAAGGAGCUUCUAGCAAGAAGGGUCUCCAUUGAGCGUGUCUGCCAGGAGGCCCAGUCUCUGUCUGAAGCAGGCCGUGGGUCAGGAGGAGAGGUCAGAGUGACAGGCCAGCUCCAGAUGGAGCUGCAAGCUCUGCUGAAGGCAGCCAGGGAGAAGCUGCGAGGCUGCCAGGAGAGUCAGGCCUUUGGAGAGACACUCCAGGGAGUUUGGGCCUGGCUGGAGGAGAUCCAGGAGAGACUGGGUACAGUAGACAGCACGAUGGGGACCAAAGAGCAGUUGGAGCAGAGGCUGGAGACUGUGCAGGACAUCCUGCUUUUGAAGGGUGAGGGGGAAGUCAAGCUGAAUAUGGCGAUGGGUAAGUGUGAGUUGGCCCUGCGCAGCUACGGGGCAGCCGGACAGGAAGUGGUCCGCUCUCAGCUUCAGGAAGUGGAGGACGCCUGGGCCACGUUGCUUGUGACCGCCAUGAGUUGCCACAGUCGACUGGAGUGGACUGUGACACAGUGGGGGGGAUACCUGGACAGUGCUUCCCAGCUGCGCUGCUGGAUGGAGGCUGUUGAGCGGGAGGUGGGCGGCCCGCUCAAUCCGCAACCUGGGCCCAGGGAGAAGGCCUCUCAGCUCGAGAGACUCAGAGCCCUGCUGGCCGACCUGGAAGACCACCAGGCAGCACUUACCAGCCUGGAGGAGAAAGCCAGAGAACUUUUCAAGAAGACUGGUGACGCCAGCUUUAACCACGGCGCUCGAACACAGCCGCAGGCGCAGUUUGACGACCUCACGGCUUUGGUGGAGGAGAGAGUGCAUCUUGCGCAGGCCGUUGUGUUGGAACACCAAGAAUACCUGGAGGCUGUGAGGGAGCUCACCGACUGGCUGAUGACUGCAGGAGAGGAGCUGCAGCAUUGGUCUGAUACAUCAGGAGACUCUUCCUGUAUCAAAAAGAAACUGUCUGAAGUGAGGGAGCGCGUGGAGUGUCGUUUACUGGAGGGCCGAGAGCGCCUCAGCCGAGUGCGUCGGAGUGCGGCGACCACGGCGGAGCACACAGCAGCGGGGGGCUGCGAGGCCAUGGACCGCCAGCUGGGGGCGCUGUCGCAGGCUCUGGAGCAGUGGGAGGGGGCCGCCCUGAGGGCCCGGGACGGCCUGGAAGGGGCCCUGGCGGCUGCCGCGGCUUCGGAGGAGGCCUACGACCGCCUGACUGCUCGGCUGGAGGAUGAGUUGAAAGAGUUUGACGGACGGCUGAGGGGGUGGAGCCAGGAGCUAAUGAAAGCCGAGGGGCGGAGCAACGGCGAGGAGGCAGUGGAUGGAUGGCAGCUGGCGAAGGAUACACUGGAGGGUUUGCAGAGCGCAGAGCCGAUGGCGGAGAAGUUGAAAGUCCAGCUGAACGACCUGGUGCGAUACUCCAGAGACCUGGGAACCCAGUCGGACCGAGUCACGGCGGUUAUCAAGCAGCACAACAGCCUCAGUCUGCGAGCCUCCAGAGAAUGCCAGAACAAGGAGCGCUUGUUGGAGCAGCGGUUCCGCACGGCCCUCAGGGAUUUCCAGCAGUGGUUGGUCAACGCAAAAAUCAGCACCGCCAAAUGCUUUGAUGUGCCACAGAGUGUCACUGAGGCCUCUGUUGCUCUGCAGAGGAUCCAGGAGUUCCUGAGUGACAGGGAGCAUGGCCAGGCCAGGCUGAGUACAGUCGGAGCCAGUGGGGAGCUGUUGAUGGCCGUGGUGUCCAGAGAGAGAGUGGAGGGGCUCAAGGCCAAAGUGGCAAACGCGCGGGACGACUGGAAGAGCCUGAUGAAUAACCUGCAGAUGAGGGAGGAGGCACUUAAGAACCUGCAGUCCCAGAUGACAGAGUUCGAGGCCAGUGCUGAACCUCUUCAGGAUUGGCUGAACAGCACGGAGGUCAGAGUUCAGGAGAGCAGCGCUCGGCUCCACGACCUUCCAGCCAAGAAGCAAGAGCUCAGCAAACUCCAGUGGGUUCUGGAAGAGGUAGCCAGUCAGGAGGCAGAGCUGGGCAGGCUGAGGGAAAGCGCCCAUCGUCUCUGGGAGGGACAAGCAGCUGGAAAGGGCUUCGUCCACCGUGUUUCCCAGUUGUCAGCCCAGUACCUAGCCCUCAGCAACUUAACCAAGGACAAAGCCUCCAGGAUUGAACGAAUCGUAGGGGAACACCGCCUCUUCUCUCAGGGUCUUAAAGAGCUGCAGGAUUGGGUGUGUGAAGCUCAGAGGGUCCUCAGCACCUGCACCUCCGCCACCACUGACAAGGGCGUGUUGGAGGACCGGAUGUUACAGCUGGAGGCAUUACUCUCUGCUCGCCAGGAGAGAGAGAUCCAGAUGAAGAUGCUGCUGACGCGGGGAGAAGCGGUCCAGAGAAACACUUCUGUCGAGGGCGUCCCGGUCAUUCGCAAACAGAUCCAGGACCUCAAGGACUCGUGGGAUUCCCUGCUCUCCGCCUCCAUUCAGUGCAAAAGUCAACUGGAGGGCGCUCUGUCGCAGUGGACCAGCUAUCAGGAGGACGUGGGUCAGUUUGUGUUGUGGAUGGAUCGUGUGGAGGAGACACUGAGCUGCUCGGACAGACAGUACUCGGAGAUGAGAGACAAGACCGCAAACCUGGGAAAGACCAAGCUCCUCUAUGAGGAAGUACUGAGCCACAACAGUCCACUGGAGACCAUUGCCACAAAGGGGUCCAACAUGGCUGAACACUACACUACCCAGCAGGAAGUGCAGCAGCUGCAGUGUCGAUACAACGCUCUGAAAGAAAAGGCCAAGAAUGCAGUCGGUAAGGCCAAGAGUCUGGUGCUGGUCCACCAGGAAUAUCAAAGGGAGCUACACGUGUUUGAAGACUGGCUGGAGCAGGAGCAGGCUUCUCUGGCCUCCUUGACCCACCGAGAGGGAAACGGGGAUACAAUCGAGAACACACUGCAACAGCUACAGCUCCUGCAGGAUCACUGCUCACACGGCCAGUCUCUGCUCUCCUCCGUGCUGACCAGCAGAGAGAGGGUAAUCCCCUGGGGAAUCCCACAGAUCGAGGACCGAGCCCUGGACACUGCUCAGAGAGAGUGGGGGGCCUACCAGGGUCGCCUGGAGGAGACCCAGGCCCAGCUGAGGGCGACGCUGACCAGACUGAGGCAGAUGGGCCAACGGUUCCUGAGCCUGGCCCAGUGGCUGGAGGAGCUGGAGAAGGUGGCGAACCUCAGACGUCAUCGGAGGUCGGACCGAGCCAAAAAAGAGACUCAGCUGAAGAAACUCCAGGGGUGUCUCGAGGCAGUGCUCGCGCGGCAGGGAGAAGUCGACAGCCUCUCCUCUCUGGCCCAGCAGGUUCUGGAUGAAACCUACAUCAGUAGUCGUGUUAGCGUCACUGCCACUCAGCUCACCGCCCGCUACCACUCGCUGCUGCUCAACAUACAGGACACCAUCAAGCAGCUGCAGGAGGAGCUGAGGAGUAUUGAAGAGGCAGAAAAUCUUUGCAUGUCGUUCACCGACUGGCUCAACUCGACCCAGAAAGGCUUCACGCUGUUGACUGAUGCUUCUGAACCUCUGGACCGGGUCGCCAUGGAGAAGAAGCUGAAGAAACUAGAGGCUCUUCAGUCAGAGCUCCAGCAUGGCCACAGCUUCCUGAAGUCCCUGAGGGAGCGGGCGGAACAGGCAGCCGGCUUCCUGGACGAGGCGGGAGCUGAGAGUUUGGGAGGGGAGGUGGAGGGUCGUCUUGCCCAGCUGGAGGAGCUCGCAGGCGGGCUGAGGCAGGAGCACAGCUUUCUAGAUCGGGCCUUACUCCUCGCUAAGGAGUUCCAGGACCGGUACAAGGGACAGGCUCAGUGGCUGGUGGAGACGCGAGCUGUGCUCAAAACCCCGGUGGAGCCCAAGGCUGAACUGUACCAGCGGAGAGCGCAGCUGGCUAAAUAUAAAGCUCUGCUGCAGAUGGUUCAGUCCCACGAUGGAUCCGUCAGGUCAGUGGCGGAGAAGGGAGACGCUCUGCUGGCUUCGGUCCACUACCCCUCCAUCAGAGACAAAAUGAACAAACUGCAAAGAGACUACACUGAGCUCUGCAGAAGAGCCACGGCACAUGUGGAGAAUCUGGACGGCCAGGUGAAGGAACAGGAAGCCUACCACAACGAACUGCAGGAGGUGGAGCGCUGGCUGCUGCAGAUGUCCAGCAGGAUGGUGACUCCUGAUCCCAGUGUCGGGGGCAACUUGGAGGCAGCCACUCAACAGCUGGCCAGACACAAGGCCAUCAUGGAGGAAAUCGCGGGCUUUGAGGAUCGCCUGGCAGGCCUGAAGGAGCGCGGGGACCACCUGGUAAAAGGCUGCAGUGACCGUGUGCAGAGCCGGCUGAGACAGCAGGUCCAGGCUCACCAGCAAGGCACCAGAGACAGCUACUCUGCCAUCUGUAGCACAGCGCAGCGAGUUUAUCAGAGUCUGGACCAUGAGUUACAGAGACACGUGAGUCUCCAGGACACGUUGCAGCAGUGCCAGACGUGGAUCACAUCUGUUUCAGAUAAACCAGAACCUCCUGCACAUACUUCUCUCAGCCUGGAGGAGGCGCUACAGCAGGUGAAACACGAGCGAGCUCUCGGGGAGCAGGCCAACACUUACCUCCAACUCCUGUGCUCAACCUGUGACCUGUCAGAGCCAAGGGUCAGGAAAACUGCAGGCUCCAUCCAGGAGGUCAAACUGCAGAAUGAGGAUCGUAUGCUGCUUUUUGAGGAGGUAGCCGACAGCUGGAGGGACAUUGAGGAGCAGAAGGCCGAUCUGGAGAUCCAGCUGAGAGAGACAGAGCAGCAACUUCAGACCCUCAUCAGGAGACCCGCAGAGCUGGAACCCAAGAUUGCCCAAAACCAGUUGGACAAAGCACAGGAGUUCCUGCAGCAGAUCAAGGAGAGACAGUCUGAGGUAACCCAUUUGAAUGAAGCCAUUGGUAGGCUGACAGAUGGACAGGUCUCUCCUGCCCUGGAGGAGAUAAGGAGACUUAGGAGAAGCUGGAUGGACCUAGGCCAGCGGGCUGAGGAGCUGGAGGCUCAGCGGGGGGAGGACAUGCAGCGAAGCGGGGAGUACCAGGAGAGCGUAGUAGCUGUGGAGGAACUCUUCCACCAAGUGUCCAGGGAAUGGGACUACCUCGCCAGGGCUGACACAGAAAGUACGAGUGAGCAUCUAGAGGCUCUCAAGAAGUUGUCCAGUGACCUUGGGGAGCAGAGAGCAACUCUAGAAGAUGUCAGAGACCAGAGACAAGCUAUUCUGCCUCGACUUAGCCUGCUAGACAAAGAGCUGGUCAAGCAACAGGUGGGUCACCUGGAGCAGCGCUGGGCCCAGCUCGAAUCCCUGAUUCAGCAGAAGAUCCAGGAUUCUGCACAAACACUGGAGGAUCUGGCUCGGGUGGAAACCCAGCUGAGGGAUGCCCGGGAGUGGGUUGAGGAGCAGCGGCCUGCGCUUACAUCUGCGUUGAAAACCAGCCCACCCCCCGACCUGGCCCAGAGUUUUCUGUUUGACCACUUGAGUGUAUGCGUGGAACUUGAGGCCCGUCAGCAGCUGCUGGGUCAGGCAGUGAGGGAAGCCCAAGCUGUGACGUCCAGGCUGGGGCUGAGUGAGAAGAGAGGCCUUCAAGGGCUUGUUGAACAAGCCCAGACUGAGGUGGAGACUCUGGGGGCUCGGGUGGCCCAAAGGAGGAAGUACCUCAGUAAGGCCUUCACAGAGAGGACACAGUUCCUACAAGGAUUGGGGAGAGCACUGACCUGGGUACAGCAACAGGAGAGGAAGGCUUUGAUCGAUGACCACAUAGCACUUCUCCCAGAGGACCUGGCCAAACAGGUCGCUGCAUGCCGGAGCGUCCAGAGCGGUUUACGAGCUUACCAGAGGGAGCUGACAUCUCUCUGGGUACAAGGGCGAGAGCUGGAGAGACACGCCACCGAUAAAGAAAGAACAGAAACCCUGGCAAGACUUGAUGAACUACAGUCGGUCUUUGAAACGGCCCUCGAGAGGACCACUCAACGUCUCACGGACCUAGAAAAAGCCUUAACCUCUCGGAAGUACUUUCAGGUUGACCUGGACAAGACUUGCCACUGGUUGAGACAAGCAGAGGCCAUCACCUUCCCGGAAAUCAAUCUAAGCAACAUUGAUGAAAACUCUGAAUUACAAACCCAACUGUCUAACUUUCAAAAUGUCCUUGAACAAGCUUCAGAAUAUGAGAACCUCCUGCUUAUCGUCCAAAGAAUAGGCCAGGAGAUCCUUCGUACUCUAAAUGAGAUUGACCAUUGCUACCUAGAUGAGAGGCUCAAUGCCCUGCCUCAGCAGUACAACGCCAUCCUAGCUCUAGCCAAAGAGAAGAAAGACAGAGUCCAACAAAUAGUCCUGGAGAGAAAAGAGUUCAGCACUUUCUUUGAUAUCACACGUAAUGCACUGGAGGAGCUACAGGAGCAGUUUGACAAUCUGGAGAAUCAGACUAUCAGUGUUGGCGAGGAGGAGGUUGUUUGUCUAAUCAAUGAACACAAGAAUAUUAAUGAGAGUUUAUUCCACAUUAGUCCCGCUGUGAGAGAACUUCAUGGGAAAAAUGUGGGAUUCCUGUGCAGAGGUCAGCGUUACAGAGCCGAAGAGACCCAGCAGCUGAUCUGUCUCCACGAAACACUGAAGACGAGGAACGAUCAGAAAAUUCAACACUUACAGAACUGCUUAAGAGUUCGAGUCGAACACAACAGAGUAUUUACCGAUACGGACUCAGAGUUGAAGUCGGUUAAAGAGAAACUGGUCAGACUGAAGUCAGACAAAGACGUAGGUGCCAUAGAUAAAAUCACAAGUCUCUAUUCGCUGCUAGAAACACUGGACGCUGUGAUCUUUCAGACUGAAGAAUGUAACCAUCAAACUGAAGGCCUUGGACUGAAGUUUGAACCCACUGCCUUUCAAGAAGCGACAUCGCAGCGUGAAUCACUGCGGUCGUUACGGACCGAGCUGAAAUGUUUCGUCUGCGAAAGUGAAACCAAAGUCAUGAAGAAGGACGAUUUCACGAGAGAGACGGAGAAAACGCUGCAGUGGCUGAAGACUAUCAAGGAGAAAUUGGAGGAGCCAUUGACCUUGUCAGAGGUCAAAGUGGAGAGGGUGCAGGAGGAAGUGCGCACACUGAAAAUCAUAGAGGAGGAAGCGGGAAGUAGAUUGAGGAUGAUGGAUGCCUUGGGGAGCAGAGAAAAGCAGAGGUACUGUAGUAGAAAAGAAACAGUGCCAGCCCACGUGGAAAAGAAACUGCAGGAGGUGGCAGAGCUGGGAGCUGGAGUUCAGGAAGAAGUUACAAAGAAACAGCUGGCUGCGGAUCAAGCUGUUUCCCUGGUCCAGAGGCACCACUUAUCUCUGAAGACCAUGCAGAAAUGGCUGGACUCUGCUGCAGCUUUGCUCUUGAGGGCCAGCUCAGGGCCGGAGCUGGAGAACCAGACAGAUUGCAUGCAGGACCUGGAAGAGAUCUUAGCCGAGGAAAAGAGUUUCAACGUCGCUUUAGAGGAGCUGAGGACUCUGGAUCCCCAGCUGGUGGAUUUAAUGGAGCCAGGAGUGUGGAGUGGAGAAAAAGAUGCAGAAAAGAUGCAGCUGAAAAACACCGAAGUCAAACAUCAACUGGAAGCUUAUAGAGAAGUGUUGCAGAGGUGUGCCGUUCUAAGGAGCUCCUUCCAACAUGAGCGGGAGUCUCUGGUCACACAGAUGAAUGAUGCAGAGAGCAAGAUGGCCUUGUUCACCACAGCCAAAGCUACCAGCAGCCAGCAGGCGGAGGACAAGUGUGGGAGAUACAAGUCUCUUGCGGAUCAUAUAGACCGGCUGGAGGUGCCUCUAAGUGCUUUGAAGGAGAAUGCCGCAGAGUUAGAGACGAUUGUUUCAGAGUCCAGCAGAAGUGUCACCAGCCACUCGGUGUCAUCGCUAUUGCAACGGUGGAGCAGGCUGCGCAGUGUGGCCCAGGCCCAGGAGAGGGCGCUGGAGGACACCGCCAGGGAGUGGAGGAACUUCACAGAGAAGAUGGAGAAGGUGCGCUCCGUGUCCAAUGACCUCCACACGCGUGUCCCGGACAGCACGGUGGAGAAGGCUUCCACCAGGACGGCGCUCCAGAGCCUCCUGGAGUACCAUGACUCCUUCAACCAGGAGGUGGAGAGAGAGCAGUCCAUCCUGGCCCUGCUUGGGCAACACACCCGCAGCCUCAGAGGAGAGGAAGAGGAGGAGGAGGAUAAGCAGGAGGUGGAGGUGGAGAAAAAGACAGAGAAUGGACAGGAGGAGACACCAUGCCUACAAGAGAUCAGAAGUAUGCAGGGGCAGUAUGACAAUCUUUUGCUGCGGGUGAAGACGAGCAGAGCUCAGGUGCAUCAGGAGCUGAGGGAAAGAGAGGAUGUUGAAAAGGAGCUGGGUUUGGUCAAAGGAUGGAUCCAAGACACUCGUGGCUUACUGCUGAGUCCGACUGCAGACCUGGAUUCACUGCUCCAAGAGCUAGAAACUGCACACGGUGAGGUCAUCAGCAGGCGUCAGAGUGUGGAGCGGAUGACUGAGCUGCAGCAGUCUAAGUACCACGACCUCCAGGCUGGUCUGCCCUCUGAGCUCAGCAUGCAGCUGGCCGAGGUGGCUCUGGCUCUGGGCUCCGCUGAAGACCAGGUCCAAGCACGGGAGAGGGAGGUGCAGCAGACCAGAGAUGUGAAAGAGGACUUCAGCUCCCGACUCCAGGACAUCGAAGCGAAGCUGAAGACCAUCGCUCUGAAACUGGAAGACAAGCGUGCCGACCUGGAGGAGGCCAAAGAAGAGACCAAAGCUCUUUGUGAAGAGUGUGAUUCCUGCUCUCGCUCUCUGGCAGAGCUGGGAGUAGCGGUGCAGGAGUUCGGGGAGCAGAACCCUCUGCUGUGUAAGCAGCUCGGCGAUGCAGUGGCCAAACUGACAGAGGUGCAGCGGCACACCACACAGCAGGUCCAGGACAGAGCCAACAGACUGAAGAAGGCAGAGAGACAGGUGGAUGAAUAUCAGGGAAUGAAGGCGUUCAUUUUGAGCUGGACUGAAAAAGCAGAAGUUCUGGUCACUGGUAACAUCAUCUGGAGCUCAGCCUCACAGCUGCAGGAGCAGAUUCGAGCACAUCAGGCGCUGCUGCGGGAGUGCCGGGGUCUCCAUGGGGACUUGGAGGCCAUGGGGGAAAGGGAGGGGCAUCUGGGGGAGGUGCUGCAGACGGAGGGGUGGAGCCUGCAGGUGAACCACCUCAGCAGACGCACGGAGGAGCUGCAGCAAACGGCCAAGACUCGUCUGCAGAGUUUGCAGGAUGCAGCGAAGGACAUGUUGCGUCUGGAGGCAGAAGUCAAGAACCUCCACUCGGCUGUGGACCAGAUCCAGGUCACACUUGCUUCCCCUGACCUCAACAGACUCAGCCUCAGAGAGCAGCUUACACAGAGACAGCGUCUGUUGGUGGAAAUGGAGGGCUUCAAGCAGCAGGUGGCGGCAUUGCAGCGGUGUCAGAGCGCCCUCCGGCUACCAGAGGAGGUAGUGGCCAGUCUGCCAACCUGCCGCACAGCUCAGACUCUGCAACAAGAGGCCAGCCAACUGCAGCACACCACCAUCCAGCAGUGCAACAUCCUGCAGGAGGCUGUGGUGCAGUAUGAGCAGUACGAACAGGAAGUGAAGAACCUCCAGAGAUUGAUAGAAGAAGCCCAUCGCAUCAUUCAGGAUCGGCCGGUCUCCACCAAUAACAUACAGGAACUUCAGGCUCAGAUACACCACCAUGAGGAGCUGGCCCAGAAGAUCCGUGGCUACCAGGAGCAGAUCGCCUCGCUCCACUCCAAGUGCAAGAUGCUGACGGUGAAGGCCAAACACGCCACCAUGCUGCUGACGGUCAACGAGGUGGACGGCCUGUCGGACGGCAUGGACGAGCUGAGUGAUGAGGAGCUGCCCGGCGCCGGGGCAACCGCCAACAAGCAGCUUCCUGCACACCCCUCUGUCGUCAUGAUGACAGCCGGCCGCUGCCACACACUCCUCUCCCCCGUGACCGAGGAGUCAGGGGAGGAGGGAACCAACAGCGAGGUCUCCUCUCCCCCUGCCUGCCGCUCCCCCUCCCCAGGGGCUAACGCUGACGCUCCUCUUAACCAGGGUCGAGGCACUUUAAGCCGAGCGCCCCUCCAGGAGCUGUAUGACCCAUCCAUGGAGUCGAGCGCUGCCAACCUGGAUGACCUGCAGAGAUCCUGGGAAACGCUCAAGAAUGUGAUCAGCGAGAAGCAGAAGAGUCUGUACGAGGCUCUGGAGCGGCAGCAGCACUAUCAGGAGUCCCUCCAGUCCAUCUCCACUAAGAUGGAGUCCAUCGAGGGGGCGCUCAACGAGGGGCUGGAGCCCAGCAAGAGCCCCGAGAGCCAGAUGGCUGCUCAUCAGGCUCUGAUGGAUGAGAUCUUGAUGCUGCAGGACGAGAUUGGAGAGUUACAGACGUGUUUCUCUGAGGAGCUGGCGGACAGCGACAGUGACGGGGAGCCCGGAGACCAACUGGCGCUCCAGUCUACCCUUACUGUCCUGGGGGAGAGGAUGGCCACCAUUCGAAUGAAGGCCUCAGGAAAACGGCAGCUGCUGGACGAGCGACUCAGCGAACAGCUAGAGGAGCAGCGGCAGGAGCAGGCGCUGCAGCGUUACCACAUCGAGGCCGAGGAGCUCGACCACUGGCUGCUCAGCACUCGUGCCACGCUGAGCUCUGCCCUUCAGCUCCAAAACAAAGACCUGGACAUGGAGGAGCAGCUCAUCGACUGUCAGAACAUGCUGUUUGAGAUCGAGCAGAAGGUGUCGUACUUGUCGGAGCUGUCCGUGCACAGUGAGAGUCUGCUGAUGGAGGGCCGGGGGGAGACCAAGGGGGAGGCGGAGCAGCUCACCUUCAAACUGCACUCCCUCAAAGAUAGCCUCAUGGAGCUGCAGCAGAUGCUACAGGACAAACAGGUGGACAUACAGGGUUCAUUGCAGGAGCAGGAGGACAGUGAGCCGGACUCAUCUCUGUCCCAGAGUCCUAAUGUCCAGGAUUGGUUGUCUCAGGCCCGGUCAACACGCACGCAGCAACAACACGAGAACAUGCUGCGGCAGAGAGAGCUACAGAUUCAGGUCGCUGAACAGAGGCGGCUGCUUCAGUCUGUGGCAAGUGUUGGGGAAGAGUUACUCAACCAACAGACCACACCCAACGGGGACAGCGAGGUGUCCAUCCCAGGGGGAAUGUUGCUGGAGACGGAGAUGUUGUCUCCUUUGGAUCAGCUGAGGCAGCGCUGGGAAAACCUGAAUAAAGAUCAGAGCACAAAGCUGCAGCUCUCUCUUAACACCCUGGAACAGGACCAACUCAGCCCGGUCGUCCACCGGUCCCGUCUGUCCAGUCCCAGCAUGGUGUUCAGAGCCGAGUCUGGCAGCCAGGACAUUCACUCUCCCAGAGCUCUGUUUGAGGCCUGCAGCCAGACUCUGGAGAGAAUCGCCCAAGAGGCCGCGGGUAGUGACAGUAAUCUGGCAGUGUCUUUUGGAGGGGUGACAGUCCAGCAGGAUCUGUAUAGUGCAGUUUCAGGAGCCUCUUUCUGGCUGGAUGCUGCAGAGAAUCAGCUGCUGUCUGGUCCUGUGCUGCUACUCGAGGACACAGAGACGCAGCUCACCAGUCUAGAGGGUUUGAAUAAACAGCUGAAGGAGAUGACCAGGGAGGUGAACCAGUGCAGAGACCUGCUGGGCGGAGGAGCAGGCCGGCUGUGUGGAGUCGAGGAGCAGGCUCUGAUGGAGGACACCCUGGAGGGUCUGCAGGAGAGGAUGGGCCUGCUGGACUCCACCCUGGAGCAGCACUGUGACACCAUGAGAGACAGGCUGCAGGAACACUCAUCUUUCCAGAAUGAACUGAGGAUGCUGUUCACGGCUUUGAGUGAAAGUAAACACCAGCUGCUGCAAAAGAUGGCGGGGAGUGCAGACAGACCUGCAUCCAAACAGAUCGAGGCGUUAUCAGAAGUGGAGGACAGUCUGAGGGAGUUUGAGCAGAGAGUGAGUGAGCUGAAAACCAGGGCAGAAGGACUCCAGUCUGAACAAACCUCUAAUCAGGAACUACUCAAACUACAGGAUGCAUACGAGGAGCUGGUGCUGAUGGUGGGCUCCAGACGUAGCAGCCUUAACCACGGCUUGUCCCUCAAGGCCCAGUAUGAGGCUGCACUUCAUGACCUCACUGACCUGGUGGACACCGCUCAGGACAAGAUGGCUGCUGACCAGAAGAUGACAGUGGCCUCCGUCAUAGAGGUCCAGAUGUUACUGGACAAACACAAAGAGUUCUUUCAGGGUCUGGAAUGCCAUAUGAUCCUCACCCAGACAUUUUACAGUAAAGUGUCCAGUCUGGUGGCACUGAGGGAGAGCCAGGCCCUGGAGGAGACCAUGGCUUUAGCCCAUAAUGUGCUCAAACAGGCCCACAGGAGGGGAGUGGAGCUGGAGGGCAUAUUGGAGUCAUGGAGCAGGCUUGUUGAAGACUACCAGGCUCUGUGUAGACAGCUGGAGGCUGUGGAGUGCAGCAUCCCCACUGUGGGUCUGGUAGAGGAGACAGAGGAGAGACUCGCUGAAAGGAUCAGUCUCUAUCAGCGUCUGAAGGCCAGCCUGACGGAGCAUCAGCCCCAGCUCUACCAGGUUCAUGAGGAGGGCAAGAGGCUUCUGCUGUCUGUUGGCUGCUCAGACUUGGAGAACCAGCUCACACAACUUGGAGAUCACUGGCUCUCCUCCACCACCAAGGUCAACAAGGAGCUGCACCGCCUCGACUCGACGCUCAAACACUGGAGCAGGUACCAGAGUGAGUCGGCAGAGUUGAGCCACUGGUUGCAGUCGGCCCUGGACCGGCUCGAGUUCUGGACAGCCCAGUCAGUGACAGUGCCUCAGGAGCUGGAGACUGUCAGAGACCACCUCUAUGCCUUCCUGGAGUUUUCCAAGGAGGUGGAUGCCAAAUCGUCUCUGCGUUCUUCUGUGCUAAGCACGGGCAACCAGCUUCUGCGAUUGAAAAGAGUAGAUACCGCUGGUCUGAGGACAGCCCUUGGCCAUAUCGACACUCAAUGGGCUGAGCUGCUGACUCAUAUUCCUGUUGUACAAGAGAAGCUACACCAGCUGCAGAUGGAGAAGCUGGCAUCUCGGCACGCCAUCACAGAGCUGAUGAGCUGGAUCUCCCUCAUGGAGAACAUCAUAGACAAGGACCAGGAUAAGAUCAUGGGAGCGGUCGGCUCGGAGGUGGUCCAGAACUUCUUGCAGAAGUAUAAGGGUUUCCGCAUCGAUCUGACGUGUAAGCAGCUGACUGUAGACUUUGUGAACCAGUCUGUGCUGCAGAUCAGCAGUCAGGACGUGGAGGGGAAGCGUAGUGUCAAAACCGACUUUGCUGAGAAUCUGGGAGUCAUGAAUAGAAGGUGGCAAAUACUGCAGGGACUUAUAACUGUAAAGAUUCAGUUAUUGGAAGGACUUUUGGAAGGUUGGUCAGAGCAUGAAAACGGAGUCCAGGCUCUGAAAACCUGGCUCACACUCCAGGAGGAGAAACUAAAGAAGAGACACAGGAUAGAGGAUGUAGCAUCGGUGCAGAAUGCACUGAAAGACUGUCAGGAGUUGGAAGAAUUGGUGAGAGAGAAAGAGAAGGAUCUAGAGAAAGCAGAGGAACGAGGAAACGCUCUCAUUCGGGAUAAGAAAGGAGCAGCCUGUUCUGUCGUCAAGGAGACCCUCAAAGGACUGAACGAGUCCUGGGCUCACUUGGACCACAUGAUAUGUCAGAUGAAGGUCAGUCUGCGGUCAGUGCUGGAGCAGUGGACGCUGUAUCGGAGAGCCUCAGAGGAGAUCAUUGGUUACCUGAUGGAGGGGAUCUACUCGGUGUCCAGGCUGCGCCUCCUUAACGGGUCUCUAGAGGCAGUGCAGCAGCAGGUGGAGAACUUGGAGAACCUGCAGGAGGAGAUGAACAAACAGGAGAGCAGUCUGAGGAAAUUUGGCUCCGUGACACACCAGCUACUGACAGAGUGCCACCCGUCUGUGGCUGAAACACUCAACAGGGCCCUGCGGGACGUCAACAUGAGGUGGAACCGCCUGUUGGAGCAGAUCUCAGAGCAGCUGAGGAGCAGUAAGGCCUUGUUGGGCCUGUGGCAACGUUACAAGACAUUGUACGGCCAAUGUGUGGCAGCAGUGCAGAAACAGGAAGGGCAUGCUGAUCGCUUGCUGAAGAGUGCCACAGAUAAGGAGAUCUCAGAGGAGGAGAGCAGUGCCUGGAUAAAGGACUGCGAUGUUUGCCUUUGCCACCAGGCUGCAGUGCAGGAGUCGCUCCAGAAGCUGCAGGCUUUAGGGGAACAGCUGAAGAGCCAAGUCGACGCCUCCUCCGCUGCAGCCCUCCAGUCAGAUCACCUGUUACUCACACAUCGUCUGGCAACGCUGGAGCACGCCCUUCACAGGCAGCAGGAAGUACUGCAGUCCGGAUCUCAGUCCUGUGACAGUUUCAGAGAGCAGUUGGAAACACUGAUGCAAAACAGUGAGGAGGCUGAGGCGGUGCUGAAGGAGUCGGACACGGUCGGCUCGCCGGAUCUCACUGUGGUCCAGUCACGUAUGGAAAAACUGAAGGUUCACCUGUUGAAGUUGAGCAGUCUGUCUCCCGACCUGGAGCGGGUGAACGAGCUGGUGUACAGAUUACCAGUCAGUGACAGAGAUAUCAAACAGCUGCAGAGUCUCAACAGAGCCUGGGCCGCUCACUGCGCUCACCUCACUGAGAGGUUCAGUAAGCUCCAGGCGGUUUUGCUCCAGCAGCAGAGCUUCCUGCAGAAGUGCGAGGCCUGGAUGGACUUCCUGUCUCAGACCGAGCUGAAGCUGGCCGCUGAGAUUUCAGGCAAUAGUCAGAGUCUGCUGGAGCAGCAGCGAGACCACGAGUUGUUCCAGGCAGAAAUGUUUAGCAGGCAACAGAUUCUCUACUCCAUCAUCAGUGACGGUCAUCGUAUGUUGGACCAGGGACUAACGGAUGACAGAGACGACUUCAGCGUGAAACUGGCCUUACUGAGCAACCAGUGGCAGUGCAUAGUGCGGCGGGCCCAGCAGCGGAGAGGCAUCAUCGACAGCCUGGUCCGCCAGUGGCAGAACUACCGGGAGAUGGCGGAGAAGCUGCAGCGGUGGCUCCAGGAAGUCAACCAUGACUCAGAUGUUCAACAGCCAGGAGAAGCGGUGGCCCUGCAGCAGGCCAGGAACCUGUUAGAUCAGAUACAGCUGAGGGAGCGAGUGCUGCAGAGGCAGCAGGGCGGCUACAUCCUCACUGUGGAGGCCGGCAGGAGCCUGCUGCUCUCGGCCGAUGCCAGGGCGGAGUCCACCCUGCAGACCGAGCUGAUGGAGAUUCAGGAGAGGUGGAGGCACGCCCACCACCGCCUGGAUCAGCAGAGGAGGGCGCUACACAGCCUGCUCAAGAACUGGGAGCGAUGUGAGAAAGGCAUAGAUGCGUCACUGGAGAAGCUGCGGGCCUUCAAGAAGAAGCUGUCUCUGCCACUGCCUGAUCACCAUGAGGAGCUACACUCAGAGCAGAUCAGAUGCAAGGAGCUGGGGAGCAGUGUGGAGGGCUGGACCGACGACCUCACGUCCAUGUUCCUGCUGAGGGACUCCUUGGAGGGCGGGGUUAGUGCAGAUGACAUCACAGUCCUACAGGAACGCCUCCAGCUGCUACAGUGCCAGUGGGAGGAGGUCUGCCACCAGCUUUCCCUGCGCAAACAGCAAGUGAGCGAGAAGCUGAACGAGUGGGCCGUGUUCAAUGAGAAGAACAAGGAGCUGUGCGAGUGGCUCACGCAGAUGGAGAGCAAGGUCUCUCAGAAUGGAGACAUCAGCAUCGGGGAGAUGAUCGAAAAACUGCGCAAGGAUUAUCAGGAGGAGAUCGGCGUCGCUCAGGAGAACAAGCAGCAGCUGCAGGUCAUGGGCGAGCGCCUGGCCAGGUCCAGCCAGGACAGCAAGGCGGCGGAGAUCCAACACAAACUCGGCAAAGUCGGCGAACGCUGGCAACACCUGCUGGACCUCAUCGCUGCCAGGGUCAAGAAGCUGAAGGAGACCUUGGUGGCGGUGCAGCAGUUAGAUAAAAACAUGAGCAGCUUGCGUUCCUGGCUGGCUCACAUCGAGACAGAGCUGUCCAGGCCCAUCGUCUACGACACGUGUGACGACCAGGAGAUCCAGAGGAAACUCAACCAGCAGCAGGAGCUGCAGAGGGACAUAGAGAAACACAGCACGGGUGUGGCGUCCGUGCUGAACCUGUGUGAAGUUCUGCUCCACGACUGCGACGCCUGCUCCACGGAGACAGAGUGUGACUCCAUCCAGCAGGCGACCAGAGGGCUGGACCGACGCUGGAGGAACAUCUGCGCCAUGUCCAUGGAGAGGAGGCUCAAAAUUGAGGAGACGUGGAGGUUGUGGCAGAAGUUCCUGGAUGAUUACUCCAGGUUUGAAGAAUGGCUGAAGACCUCAGAAAGAACAGCAGCUCUACCCAACUCCUCUGGAGUUCUUUAUACUGUCGCCAAGGAGGAGCUGAAGAAGUUUGAGGCCUUCCAGCGUCAGGUGCAGGAGUGUCUGACCCAACUGGAGCUCAUCAACAAACAGUACCGUCGUCUGGCCCGCGAGAACCGCACAGACUCCUCCUGCUGCCUCCGAGGAAUGGUGCAUGAUGGGAACAAGCGGUGGGACAACCUGCAGAAGAGGGUGGCUGCCAUCCUACGCAGACUCAGGCACUUCAUCAGCCAGAGAGAAGAGUUUGAGACGGCCCGAGACAGCAUCCUGGUGUGGCUGACGGAGAUGGACCUGCAGCUCACCAACAUAGAGCACUUCUCCGAGUGUGACAUACAGGCCAAGAUAAAACAGCUCAGGGCGUUCCAGCAGGAGAUCUACCUGAACACGGGGAAGAUCGAGCUGGUGUUCAGACAGGGCGAAGCUCUGAUCGAGAAGAGUGAGCCUCUGGACGCGGCCGUCAUCGAGGAGGAGCUGGAGGAGCUGCAGAGAUACUGCCAGGAGGUGUUCGGACGAGUCGACCGAUACUACAAGAAACUCACGCGUCUGCCUCUCGCUGACGAUGAGCUGGACGGUUCCGACAUGGAGGAAGGCGCCGACCUCUCGGAGCUCCAGUGGGGCGACUCCUCUUUGCCCCAGACUUCCAGCCGCCAAGCCACGGGCACGACCGCUCUCAUUCGGGCCGACCGCUCUGGCCGGGACACUCCAGCCAGCGUGGACUCCAUCCCGCUGGAGUGGGACCACGACUACGACCUGAGCAGAGGUCUGGAGAGCCCUGGAGGACGAGGGGACAGGAGCAGAGGGCAGGAGGAGGAGGACGGCUAUCUGAGGACGGAUGUCACGGUGCUGUCAGGUGAGCCAGGUCAGCUGGAGGCCAGUCUGAGGCAGCUGGAUCAGGCUCUGGACGCCGGACGCUAUCACCUCCAGCAGAGAGAGGCCAGCGCCAGCCGCUCCAGCCCCGACGUCGACUCCACAUACAUGGGCUACAUGCGUCUGAUGGGAGAGUGUCGAGGAAGUAUAGACACAGUGAAGAGGACGGAGGAAGAGCUGACUGAAGACGAGGACGACAUGCCGGGGCUCAACAACACCACCAACACAGACACUCAGAGUGCUGGUGUGAUCGAGCGCUGGGAGCUGAUCCAGGCUCAGUCCCUGAGCGAAAAGCACAGGCACAAACAGAACCUGCAGCAGUGGCAGCAGCUGAUCUUGGACCUGCAGACCAUGAGGGCCUGGCUGGGUCAGUCCGAGGCUGAGCUCAGGCAGCUGCGAGGGCUCCAGCUCAGCACCGACAUACAAACCAUCCAGCAGAGAAUCAAGAAGCUCAAGGAGCUGCAGAAGGGGAUGGAUGCCCACAAGUCAGAGGUUCUGUCCAUCAACCUGAGCAGCGCAGACUUCAUCCAGGCGGAGCCCGACUCCGAGGAGGCGUGGGAGCUGAGGGACGGGCUGAAAGAGAUGAACUCGCGCUGGGAUCAGCUCGGCACCUCCCUGGAGGACUGGAGGCAGGAGCUGCAGAGGGCGCUGAUGCAGUGCCAGGAGUUCCACGAGAUGAGCCACGGUCUGCUGCUGUGGCUGGAGAACAUCGACCGCAGGAGGAACCAGGUGGUGCCCAUCCCUCCCAGAGCGGAUCGCCAAACGCUACGAGCUCAUCACAAAACCCUCACGCAAAUCAAGCGCGAGCUGCUGGACUCGCAGCAGAAGGUGUCGUCCCUUCAGGAGCUCUCGUCUCAGCUGCUGGUCAACACCAAGUCUCAGCCUCUGCUGCUGCAGACGCAGUCGCAGACGCCCGAGCAGCCGCAGCCGCAGGGCAGCGAGUGUCUGGAGGCGCAGGAGAAGGUGCACGUGAUCUUCAACCGGCUGAGGCUGCUGCUGAGGGAGGUCAACUCAGACCUGGAGGGGCUGGAGAGGAGGCUGGGGGCCACGGAGACGCGGCAGGAUUUCUCACCGUUAGCCGCUGGCAAAUCAGAAACCUGUGGGUCAGCUGCUCCAGUGUCAGAGGCGACGGCCGAGAGCCGCAGACGAUUGCCCCGAGGCAAAAGUAGUCAGGCCCACCGUGGACCCCCUGAGAGCGGCCCGCGCCACAGCCGGAGCAAAUCACGAGGCGCCGCUGGUUGCGUUUCCUCCCGUUCUGACCUUCCGGAUGGCGUCUCCUCCUCCUCCUCCUCGUCCUCCUCCCCCUCGAAGGGUCAGUCCUUCCUGCUGCGAGUCCUCAGGGCCGCGCUCCCCGUCCAUCUACUCCUCCUGCUCCUCAUCGGCCUGGCCUGCCUGGUGCCGAUGACCGAGGAGGACUACAGCUGCCACUACGCCAACAACUUCGCCCGCUCCUUCCACCCCAUGCUGCGCUACACCAACGGACCUCCGCCCAUAUGAGGAGCAGCUGAACACACAGACCUGCUUUGCCAAGGACUCUCCACUGACUGAAUGUUUCCUCAUCACCCCUCGUGCCCUAAAGCCACACACUCUUUCCUCUGCUGGGGGGGGGGGCAAAUGCAUUAUGAAGUGAUUCAGAGACCACAUGAAGACGUCUCUCACCAACAUUGCACACCCGCUCUCCUGAAAUCACCUCAACCCUUUAAAACAACCCUCCAGACUGACGGACCCUCCUCUGGAGAGCCCCCCCCCCCCCAAAAAAAAAAAUCCAAAUAUUUCACGUUGUUUUAACUUGUAUAUGUGUAUAUAAUUUGACCAUGUUUCUGAGGAAUCAAUGAAACACAAAGCACUAUUUAUAUACUCUGUUGGGAGCCAAAGCCGACCAUGGUUUUUGUCCACGAUACCCAGUGCUGCUACUAUUUAUUAAGUGUUCGAUCACUUGGUGGAUUUUUAGUAAUGAUGAAGCUGAAGCACCACCAGUGUGAACUACUGCACCGGUACCGAUUUGCAGUUAAGCAAAGAGUUUCUUCCCAAAACACACAUGAAAAACACAACAGGAAGGAGGAAACACGGCUUCCUGUCUCCUGCUGCUCACAUAUCAAAAAAGAACCGGCUUGAAUCUGGAAAUGAAGAAUCUGAACCUACAGCACUGACGAAGGUACUGCACUGAGGCCGUCCAGCCAAGAUGGCCGACUUCUUUCCCCCAGAAGCUGAGGCUUGUAUUCCUGGUUUUAAUUUCAGUUUUUAAAUUAAAACAACAUGCGAGCUCUGUCGUUAAAGACCAACUGAUUUGUAUAUUAUUGUUGAAAUGCCUUUUAAAAUGCAGGUGGUUAUUUUUUAUAUCUUUCUGUUUGAGCGUGCAACUUGAAGGUCCUCUGAUUUUAAGAAAGCCAAACAAUCACUGGUAGUGUGUUAGUACAUGGCUGUGUGUGCUUUGUAAUAACUGCGCCGAUUAUUCUGCAGCGUUGUUGAGAGAAUCUGUAAAAAAAAAUGAUGAAAUAUGAAAAUGCUUAUUUAUGUAUGUACAGUUUGCUAAUGCCGACUUCAUUAAGAAUACUCUCUUUACAAAUAAUAAAACAUGAAUUAUUUAA